AAUGGGCGACGCGAACCUUGGGGCGUGCGGCUAAAGUUUACAACACAGUCAUAAGAACGAAACGAGACUUUUCUUACUUUUUGGUGCACGAUUUAACAUUUCAUGGACAUGUCCCGGGAGGCGCUGGUGGUGCAGAGGGCGCGAGAGGCCUUCAGGACGGGCAGAACUCGACCGCUGGAGUUCAGGAAACAACAGCUGAGGAACCUGCUGAAGUUUGUGACGGAGAGAAAGAGCGAGAUCGCAGACGCCCUGAAGAAAGACCUGGGCAAAAGUGAGCAGAGCACAGAGUUGUUUGAGACUCUGGGCUGUGAGGAGGAGAUCCACGUGGCUCUGGAUCACCUGUGCGAGUGGGCGUCUCCUCGUCCGGUGGAGAGGACUCUUCUGACGCUCCAGGACCAGGUCUUCGUCCAGCCUCAGCCCCUGGGCCUGGUGCUGAUCAUCGGGGCCUGGAACUACCCGUGGGCCGUGACCCUGCAGCCGCUGGUGGGAGCCAUCGCCGCAGGAAACGCGGCGGUGAUAAAACCGUCUGAGCUGAGCUGUCACUCGUCUGAGGUCAUGGCCGAGCUGCUGCCCCAGUAUCUGGACCAGGACUUGUACCCGGUGGUCCCUGGAGGUGUGGCAGAGACUCAGGAGCUGCUGCGUCAGCGUUGGGAGCACAUCUUCUUCACGGGCAGCACCUCCGUGGGACGACAGGUGAUGCUGGCGGCGGGUGCGCACCUGACGCCCGUCACCCUGGAGCUGGGGGGGAAGAGCCCCUGUUACGUGCACCCGGACUGUGACCUGUCAGUCGCCUGUCGGAGGAUCACGUGGGGGAAGUUUGUAAACUGUGGUCAGACGUGUAUCGCUCCAGAUUAUGUUCUGUGUGAACCCAGUGUCCAGGACCGAGUGGUGGAGGAGAUACGCAAAUGCAUCAAGGAGUUUUACACAGAAAACCCUCAGAGCUUUAAAGAUUACGGCCGCAUCAUAAACCAGAGGCACUUCCAGAGAAUCGUGGGUCUGAUGGAGGGCGGGGCCGUGGCGGUGGGCGGAGACUACGACGAGAAGGACCGCUACAUCAGUCCCACGGUGAUGAAGGACGUGUCUCCAGACGCUAAGAUCAUGCAGGAGGAGAUCUUCGGUCCUGUUCUGCCCAUUCUCCCGGUCCGAGGAGUGGACGACGCCAUUCAGUUCAUCAACGAUCGAGAGAAGCCGCUGGUCAUCUACGUCUUCACCAAGGACAAGAAGCUCAUUCAGAGGAUGAUCUCAGAGACGUCCAGCGGAGCUCUUCUGGCCAACGACUGUCUGGUCCACUUCACGGUGUCCACGCUGCCCUUCGGAGGAGUGGGUAACAGCGGCAUGGGCAGUUACAAAGGAAAGCACACGUUUGACCGCCUGAGUCACCUGAGGAGCUGCCUCAUCAAGUCUCUGAGCCUGGAGGCCGUCAACAGGAUGCGCUACCCGCCCCACACCCACCGCAAGAACCACUGGGCUCGACGGCUCCUCCUGCAGGUCACGCUGAGGCGGCUGAGGCGCUUCACUCUCUUCAGUCUGCUCGUGGGGCUGGCCGCCUUCGUCGUACAGAGGUUCCUGCUCAGAUCGGCCUGAAGCUCGAUUCUGGUCCACGGCAUUUCAAAUCAGUUUCACGUCCUGCACAUUUCAGUUUCAUUUUAGGGUUUUUAUGUUAAUUCACAUUUUACCCAAUUUAAAAUAAGUGUUACUACUUUUAUGUAGAUUUGCUGCUUAAUAAUGCAAUAGUACGGCACGUUUUUAUAACUUUUUAAAAAUCCCUUAAUUACGGAAGCCGGGAGGACGCAAACGCAAAUGCCGCAGCAUAUACAAACUCAACAACACAAAUGCAAAUGCCACAACACAACAAAAAGCCACAACAAACCAAAAAAAGCCACAACAGAAAUGACCGCGGGACUCUAUUUUAAUGCAAAAGCCACAACGAAUACAAAUGCCACAACACAACAAAAAGCUGCAACACAACAAAAAGCCGCAACACAACAAAAAGCCACAACUACAACAAAACGCCACAACACA